ACCAGACUUAACUUCUAGAACGCCCCUCUCCCCCCUUCCCCGCGCGCCUGUCUCUUCCCGUCUCUCGUCUCGGUCUCAGUCACCGUUUCUUUCUUCUCUCUCAACUCAGUGGCCUUCGCCGUAGCCGUCAAUUCCAUCAUUGCAAGUGAUAAAGAGGCUAUGGUGGCUGAUUUGUUGGAUUGCUCCAAUGGCUCUACUUAGUGGAAUGUUUGUUUCAUGAGAGCAGCUCAGGAUUGGGAACUUGGAGCCUUUGCUGAUUUUCUUGGUUUUCUAUAUCUAUGAUAUUGGUAAUGUGGUGGAGGACGGGAUGAUUUGGACUCAGGUGGAAGUAAAAGAUUCGCAGAUCUUAAGUGAAGACAUGAAUGCAUUCAAGGCUUACAAGGCCUGCGUCCCAAUUGCAUGGAGCCCUAAUCUGUAUAUAAGUUUGGUGAGGGGCAUUCCAGGGACCAGGAGACUUCACAGGCGCACUUUAGAGGCAUUGCGUCUGCGCAAGUGCAACCGAACCGUCAUGCGAUGGAAUACUCCUACUGUCAGGGGAAUGCUCCAACAGGUCAAGAGAUUGGUAGUGAUAGAGACAGAAGAGAUGUACAAGGCUCGCAGGCAAAAGGAUGCAAACCACUGCGCUUUACGUCCGCCAUUGGUCAUAAGUCACUUACCUGCUCCUGCUAAAUGAUUCUUUUCAAGAGCACAUUCCCUGUUCUGAGAUCAGCUUUAAGCUACUUAUAUCUGGUUUGUUAUUUAAGGAACAUAUUUCCAGAUAUGUAUUCUCUUGCCAAUUUAGUAAGCUUGAAGCUUUUCUUGGUUUGCAUAAUUUUCUCAAUGGACUUGGUGACAUAUUAAAGUUUAUAUCAUGAUUGGCUCCAAAUGUUUAUUGUGGUUCUCAUCA